UUCCUAAAAAUGUGACAUCAGCAUGCCUUCCAAUGAGGAUUUCUCUGUGAGUAUUUUAGUGGGCGACACAAUCCUGCCAGAAUACCUCCGUGCCGGGAUGUGUUAUGUAGAAUGUGAUUUCUUCUCUCCCUUCAGCUUUAAACAGAAAACAGAGGAAAAAGUUGGAGAUGAAAUAGAAACUCAGGAGCAGCCAGUGACACCAUUUUCCAUUUGUAUAUCAGCAAAACCAGGUCUCAGUGCCUACCAACAUUACUACUACAGGGUGUUCAUUGAUGGCCAGAAAGUCACAUCACGGAGUAUUCAACAAGGGGAAAAUAAAAUCAUCAAAGGCUUUCGAGAUGGAAUUAUGGUGAAAGAGUUUUUGUUUUCGAUGCCCAGUCUGAAGCAAUCACAGUCUGAGGCUCCAUCAUCAGAUCGUGUGGGGUGGAUCGAUGUGGAGUGUUGGAAUGCCACCUUGAAGGCAACAAAAAGAUCAGUUAGAAAUCGCCGUCUGGAUUUUACAUCAGGCUCCAAAAAGGACAGCUUGAGAAUCACACAAGGCAAGUACAUGAUGACCACUACUAAGGCAGGUCGUGUCUUACAGCUCAAGAAUGCUUAUCGUUCGACAGAUUACUGGGACCUUAAUUCCCUCCGAAGUAAACUCUCCAUUAAAUAUGUCACUGCUCAGGACCUGAGAGAUAUGGGUGUGGCUGUGAUCCCUAUUCCAUACCCAGCACAUCUCCCCCACAAUCAAGGGAGGGAACUUAGAGGACAAAGUGUAGAUUUAUCUCAAGGACUUGCCGGAACAGAAUAUGACACAAAGGGAGGUAACAGGGAAGAGACGGGAGAAAAAAUAAUCGUUGAUUCGAACAUUGUGACUCUGGAUGGGAAUAAUGAUCCGGGAAGUUUGGAUAGCGUUAAAGAAGACGUGGAAGUGACAUCACAGAGAAGUGGGACUUCAAAUGAGACUGUGAAGGUUAAGAAAGAGGCUACAUUUCUGGGAACGGACAUUGUGAUUGAUCUGUGUGAUUUAGAUGAUCAGGAAGAUUUGACUUCCAGCAAGGUUAUUGUGUUAGAUUGAAAAGUAUUCUGGUGUUAAAAGCAGACUCAAGAAUGUUACAAAAUCGUAGUGGAGAAAAAAAUUGUGAUGAGAUUAACACUGAACAUUUCCUGAUGUUGCAAAUAACUAGAAAUGGUGUAUAUAUACAUGCAGGUGGACAAAGCAAUAUUUUUUCUUGAGGAUCCAAUGCAAAUAGAUGGAUCAGACUUGCAUGAUAAUUUUAAAGAUUUUUUUUUCUUUUGAUCAUGUUGUUUAAUACAUGUAUUUACCUUUAAUUUGACAGCUACAUAUACAUUGAUUUACUCUGCAUAUUUAAAAAAAAAAAACUUAAUCAGAAACCUUUUUGUU